CCCAUACAAAGUGUAGUCGAACGGGAGCAGCGAGUACACACCCCAAGCAUCUCCUAGGUCCCGUGUGGUCGGUCCAGAGCCUCAGAGGAUCUCAGUUCUUUGAAAUCAAGGAACAUGAUAAGGAGUUGGCUGAUUAUUUUUAUUUUUUUUCUCCUGAAGCUCAUAGAGAAAUGUGAGUCGACGGUCAACCUUGCUGUUCCUCCCACUGUGGUGCUGGAGAAUGGAAGCUCAGCCAAUGUCAGCAUCACCCUUCAGCAUCCACUAAAUGCGUCCUUGGUGAUCACUUUUGAAAUCACAUUUCAUUCAAAAAAUAUUACUAUCCUUGAGCUCCCUGAUGAAGUUGUGGUGCCUCCCAGAGUGACAGAGUCAUCUUUUCAAGUGACAUCUCAAAAUGUGGGACAACUUACUGUUUUUCUGCAUGGAAAUCAUUCCAACCAAACUGGCCCAAGGAUACGCUUCUUGGUGAUCCACAGCAACAUCAUCAACAUCAUAAACCAGGUGAUUGGCUGGAUCUACUUUGCAGCCUGGUCCAUCUCCUUCUAUCCUCAGGUGAUCAUGAACUGGAGGCGGAAGAGUGUUGUUGGUCUGAGCUUCGACUUUGUUGCCCUGAACCUGACGGGCUUCAUGGCUUACAGCGUGUUCAACAUCGGCCUCUUCUGGGUGUCACACAUCAAGGAGCAGUUUUUCCUCAAAUACCCGAAUGGAGUGAACCCCGUGGAGAGUAACGAUGUCUUCUUCAGCCUGCAUGCCGUCGCUCUCACCCUGGUUGUCCUACUGCAGUGCCUCCUAUAUGAGCGAGGCAACCAGCGUGUGUCCUGGCCUGCCGUGGGCUUCCUGGUUCUCUCGUGGCUCUUCGCACUCGUCGCCAUGAUUCUGGCCGUAGUUGGGGUAACCACGUGGCUGCAGUCUCUCUUCUUCUUCUCCUACAUCAAGCUGGCGGUGACGCUGGUCAAGUAUUUCCCACAGGCCUAUAUGAACUUUGUCUACAAAAGCACUGAGGGCUGGAGCAUUGGCAACGUGCUUCUGGACUUCACUGGGGGCUCUUUCAGCCUCCUCCAGAUGUUCCUCCAGUCCUACAACAAUGACCAGUGGACACUGAUCUUUGGAGACCCAACCAAGUUUGGACUCGGCAUUUUCUCCAUCUUCUUUGAUGUUGUCUUCUUCAUCCAGCACUUCUGCUUGUACAAAAAGAAACCCGGGUAUGAGCAGGUGCACUAGCACCAGGGCCCCAGUGUGAAUGGCCUGGGCCCUGGGCCCUGGGCCCACCAGGAAGGCUGGAGAAGCGGUCUGGAGCGCAGGGCUGGCUCCGUGUGCCAGCAGUGGAGAAGCGUUCUCUUCCUUGGGGCCAGAUGCCUUAAACACAAACCAGCCUGCCUUUGUCCAGGAUUUCCAGGGCUGGGGAGAGACCUCCCUCUGGGACAGACACCAGACUCUGCUCCAAGAUUGAAAGCCACACUGCUGGCGGCCCCUCGCGCGUCUUACUGGCCAGUGAUCUGGCCCUCCUGCCACUUGAGGCUGCCGUCUCUAUUUUCUUUAAGGCUACAGGCAGCGCCCACAGGUCCUGACAGCCAUCCCAAGCAGGACUGGACGCGGAGCUGGGAGCAGAAGGCCUUGCCCCAGGCAACCAGCGUUUCUGGGAGCAGCCUGAAGGACUGACCUUGCAGCUGGGAGAGCCAAGGGCACUUUGGUGGCACUGCUGUAUUCCCAGAGACCAAGCAGCCAGGUGCUGUGGCCCGUGGACUGAGAGGUGCUGGUGCUGGUGGCAGAGGGCCAGGACUUUGGGGUCAGGCCUUAGGGUCCCUUCUCUGAAGGAAAAGACUUCUGGGUCUUUAGUAUCCAACAGAUUGGUUCUGAACUGGACUCAGGCCCAAUACCUUCUGGAUUUUCAUCACACUAACACCCCUUUUGGAUUUUUUGGAGGGGUGUUUUGGGAGUGGCUGUCUGCCUACCUCCACUUUCCUAGAGUCAGGGCCCCAGACGAGUCCGGGCCCCAGACGAGUCCCUCCAGCUGCUCCUUACCCUGUUUGGAGGGCAGGACACACACACACACACACCAUCCGUGCCUUAGAGGCCUGUUGACCUGCCAGAUGGUGAGGGCAGGGCAGGCCUCCCUUCCCUCACUUCUCCCAGACUUCUAUCUGAGACUCACCAACGUUUUGGCUGGGAGCCUCAGAUAAAGACUUGAGACUGCCUCACACAAUCCUCACGGGCCGCCCUGAUCCCAUCCCAAUUCAACCUGUGGUCCUUCCUGUGGCAGGAGGGGGAGGGCCCCAGGACAUGCCUUGUACAUGCCUUGAGUUUGUCAGUCCACUCCAACUCUUCACUCCGAGAUCAAUGAGGGGCCUAGAUCCCGAAUUAAAACCUGGCUGUUUC